UCAAUUGCGGACUUUAUGUGAGUUAGGUCUAUUAAGUUGCGAUUGAAAACCCGUAUUACGUAUUCCAUAUAAAAACAAUAUAGUUGACAUGUUUAGAACGCAAUUGAUAAAUAAAACAUUUAAACAUGAGUUUAGAAACUUACUUGGUGUAUUAAUAAAGAAGAAACAUGUAUGGACAAGUGAUAAAAUUGCCAAAUCACCGUUUAAAGAUAUAGAAAUUCCAAAUGUUAGCGUUGCUGAACAUCUCGUGAACAACUUGGAGAAGUGGGCAACGAAAACUGCAGCGAUAUGUGGAAUUACGGGUCGGCAAUACACGUACGAACAAAUACAUAAGCAGUCGCAAAGGCUUGGUGCUAACUUGAGGAAGAAAUUAAAAAUAGAAAAUGGAGAUACAAUCGGAGUUAUAUUGCCGAACAUGCCCGAAUACCUUACGACCCUGAUUGGUUCACUUAACGCCGGAGGCGUCAUCUCUACCAUGAAUCCAAGUUACACAGCAUACGAAAUUCAACGACAAAUAACUAUGUCUGACACAAAAUUAAUUUUCGUCGUCCGAGAAACAAUUGACACGGUCAAGGAAGCAUUAAAACUAAGCCAAAGAAAUAUUCCUAUUAUAGUAAUUAAUUUAGACGGAAAUCUACCAGAAGGGACCAUAUCCUUUAAAGAAUUAGUUGAAGACAAUCAUGUAGAUGUAGGCAUAUUAAAAGAAGUUAAAAGAAAUGAAGAAGACCUUGCAUUUCUACCUUAUUCUAGUGGAACUACUGGUUUACCAAAGGGCGUUGAAUUGACAAAUAAAAACAUCGUAGCUAAUUUAGUACAACAGGAUACAGAAUGUAGACAAUACGAGUUUACAACAGAAUCACACCAAGACAGUGUACUGGUCUCUUUGCCGAUGUUUCAUAGUUAUGGAUUAACAGUUGUCACUCUUCAUAAGUUCUCAGUCGGAGCGAAGUUGGUGACUGUCCCACAAUUUAGACCUGAAACAUUCGUUAAUAUACUUUCAAAUUUUAAUUUAAACUUGUUCUACUUGUCUCCACCAACAGUAUUGUUCAUGGGAUCAUAUCCUCAAGUGCUACCAACAUAUUUAGAACACUUGAGAUGCGUAACAUGUGGAGCUGCACCUUUGCCUGUGGCAGAUAUUGAAAAAUUCUUAAGUAAACUCAAACCCAGUGCCCACUUCGCCCAAGCUUACGGUCUUACGGAAACCAGUCCACUUGCAACUGCUAAUCCAAUUGGAUACAAGGACUACACAAAAGUAGGAUUCGCUUUACCUAACAGUUCCCUAAGGAUAAUUGAUGGUAAUAAUAACAAUCUAGGACCAGAUGAGGUCGGAGAAUUAGUAAUAAAGGGACCAAAUAUAAUGAAAGGUUACAAGAACAAUCCAGAAGCAAAUAACCAAGUAUUUUUAGAAAACGGUUGGCUGAGAACUGGAGACUUAGCAAAAGUAGAUGAUUUUGGAGCUGUGACAAUAGCAGAUAGACUCAAGGAGCUAAUCAAGGUAAACGCGUACCAAGUUCCACCAGCUGAACUUGAAAGUGUAUGUAAAGAGCAUCCUGCAGUAUUUGAUGCAGCCGUUGUUCCGAUACCAGAUGAGAAAACUGGCGAAAAACCAAAAGCAUUUAUAGUUGUCAAAGAUAGUGCCAAAGUGAAUGAAGAAGACAUAAUGGCGUUUGUAGCUAAACGAGUAGCACCAUAUAAACGGUUAAAAGAAGUAACAUUUAUAAAUGAAAUACCAAAAAAUCCUUCGGGAAAGAUAUUGAGGAGGGUUUUAGUAGAAAAGUUUUGUUGAUUGAUGUAGCUUGUAAAAACAAUUUAUUUUUAUAUUUUUUUAUAUCAGAAGGAGGCAAACGAGCGAGCGGCCACCUGAAAUCGCUGAA